AUGUCAGGAAGAGGAAAGGGCGGGAAAGGACUCGGGAAGGGAGGCGCUAAGCGUCACCGUAAGGUUCUCCGCGAUAACAUCCAGGGAAUCACCAAGCCCGCUAUUCGCCGUUUGGCGCGCCGUGGCGGAGUGAAACGUAUUUCCGGUCUGAUCUACGAGGAAACUCGCGGUGUACUCAAGGUGUUUCUGGAGAACGUCAUCCGCGACGCCGUCACCUACACCGAGCAUGCUAAGAGAAAGACCGUCACCGCCAUGGAUGUGGUGUACGCGCUGAAACGCCAGGGACGCACCCUGCCUUUCUCACUAAACGUUAUAAGCAGCUCGUAAGCGAUGGCAUGAACCAAGCAGACCGCGCGUAAAUCCACCGGCGGUAAGGCGCCUAGGAAGCAGCUCGCCACUAAAGCUGCCCGUAAGAGCGCGCCGGCUACCGGCGGUGUGAAGAAGCCUCACCGUUACAGGCCCGGCACUGUGGCUCUGAGGGAGAUUCGCCGUUAUCAGAAGUCUACCGAGCUGCUCAUCCGUAAGCUGCCGUUCCAGCGUCUGGUGAGAGAAAUCGCUCAGGACUUUAAGACCGACCUGCGCUUUCAGAGCUCGGCUGUCAUGGCCCUGCAGGAGGCGAGCGAGGCCUAUCUGGUCGGUCUGUUCGAAGACACCAACCUUGCAUCCAUUGUCACGAUGUCAGGAAGAGGAAAGGGCGGGAAAGGACUCGGGAAGGGAGGCGCUAAGCGUCAUCGUAAAGUUCUCCGCGAUAACAUCCAGGGGAUCACUAAGCCCGCUAUUCGCCGUCUGGCGCGCCGUGGCGGAGUGAAACGUAUUUCCGGUCUGAUCUACGAGGAAACUCGCGGUGUACUCAAGGUGUUUCUGGAGAACGUCAUCCGCGACGCCGUCACCUACACCGAGCAUGCUAAGAGAAAGACCGUCACCGCCAUGGAUGUGGUGUACGCGCUGAAACGCCAGGGACGCACCCUGUACGGAUUCGGCGGUUAAACACUCCAACGGCUAACGACACGAACACAACGGCUCUUUUAAGAGCCACCCACAUCUCCAACAAAAGAGUUUUUACUCCUGUAUGUGUGUAAAAGAA